AACCCAAUUGCUGAACUUGUCGGCUUCUUCAGGUUCUUUGCUCAAGUCGCAAGCAUUUCACUCCAGUGACGUCACUUUAUCUCCCCGUUGAAGUCUUGCACGGCGACAUUGGGGCGCGGACGCGUGGCGGACGCGACUGUCGAGUAGGCUUUUGUACCUCCAGCGCCCGCGGCGGGCUCUUUCUGGCCAGACAAAGCACAGCGUGGACCUCGGUGCGGGGAAGGGGUGGAGAAAAGGAGCGAUUUACGUUGGGCGUGGUGGACCAGAGCAAAAGUAGCCUUUCCUUCCAGCUGAAGUUAAGAGAAAGUAGCGGUCGCCAUGUCACUGUCGGUACCGCAAAACGGCGUAAAGGCGGACAACGAGCCUGUUAUCGAGCUGUUCGUCAAGGCAGGAAGCGAUGGAGAGAGCAUUGGAAACUGUCCCUUCUCCCAGCGGCUCUUUAUGAUCCUGUGGCUUAAAGGCGUCGUCUUCAACGUCACCACUGUGGACCUUAAGAGGAAGCCGGCAGAUCUGCAGAAUCUUGCCCCGGGGACACAUCCUCCCUUCGUCACCUUCAAUGGCGAGGUCAAAACAGAUGUCAACAAGAUCGAGGAGUUUCUUGAGGACGUCCUCUGCCCGCCCAAGUACAUCAAACUUGGCGCAAGACACCCGGAGUCAAACACAGCCGGUAUGGAUAUCUUUGCCAAGUUUUCGGCCUUCAUUAAGAACUCAAAACCAGAUGCAAAUGAAGCACUGGAGCGCGGGCUUCUGAAAACACUGCAGAAGCUGGAUGAAUAUCUUCUCUCACCUUUGCCUGAUGAGAUUGAUCACAACAGCAUCGAGGACGUCAAGGUUUCCAACCGCAAAUUCUUGGACGGAGAAGAAAUGACCCUGGCCGACUGCAACUUGCUGCCAAAGCUGCAUAUUGUUAAGGUGGUGGCCAAGAAAUACCGAGGUUUUGACAUCCCCAAGGAGAUGACGGCCAUCUGGAAGUACCUGAACAACGCCUACACGCGUGAAGAGUUCACCAACACAUGCCCCAGCGACAAGGAAAUUGAGAUUGCAUAUGCAGAUGUAGCCAAGAGGCUUGUCAAAUAAGCUCACCUGUUUCGAACCCUCCUCUCCCCCCCGGUACGGCUACACGCCCACACAGCACAUGGACUGGAGUGCUAACACAUGAGAAGGAAAACUACACCUCUUUCCCCCUAUUCGUCACAUGCGAAGAGUUCAUUCAGCAUACGUCUUUGUUAAAUAUGAAUUGUUUUUGGGUUUUGUUUGCUUUGCUGAUGAAGUGUGAGGCACGACCACUGUAAAGCAGCAUUAUCAGUACUUGUCAAAGUCAGGAUCCCCUUCACUCUCUAAGUGACCUUCAAAGUGACUGCUCUUCAUGUGGAGAAAAGGCCAUGAACAGCUGUUUGUAGGGUACAAAAACCACCACCACCCCCCAAAAAAAUCCUGUGUUUUUCCAGUCCUUUGGCUUGUGAACAGCGUUUAGUCUUUCAGUGUGUUCGACCGAAACUAACCCAAACCUGUUUUCAUCUCAUUUAUCUGCUCAAUGAAGGUCUUGUAAAUCCAGCUGGUAUCCAAACAGGUGAAAACAUUUUGUAGCUAUCCUCUUAACAACAGUAAGAACCUGAGGUCUUUCGGCCAUGUAGCCCACAAAUAGAUGUCCGCUAAUGCCUUAUGAUUCACCACAUUGCCAUGUCAAAGAAAUGUCCACUGAAACAGCAAUGCCAAAAAAGGGACUACCGUUAACUUGCAGGUUUUUGGAGUAAAGUGUUCAGCUCAAGUAGCAGGGUAGCUGAUGGAAAAAAGGGCACAUUAUCCUGGCCUGACUCUGCAAGAGAAAGUAGAAAACAGAUGUAAGGACACCAAUUGUGCUCAGUGGUGUACCAAAAGAAUCUGGCUGAACAGCAUGAAAACAAAUCUUCAGUCUCUUGGUUAUAAUCUCAAAGUAGUGAAUGUAUUGAUGAUGAUCACAGUAGCUCAAAAAGUGCUUUAGCAUCAUGCGCCGAAAAGCAUAAUAUUGUUUUGUCCCACGUUGUUCACGUUUUUUGUUCGGAUAAAAUUUUGCUUCAAGGAAUUGUAAAUAUUUGUUUGAUUGCUCGAAUUUCAUUGUGUAAAUUUUAUACAUGGCAUGGUCCUGGUUUGAAGAAACGGGCUCUUUCCUGCCCGCUCAGAUUUAAAUUUUAGAUGAGUUUUCAUCUCUUUGCCUUCCUUGUUGUCUUUGCGGAUCAUUUUAAUUCUACGCCCAAUUCUUCGCCCUUGCACCAAGAUAAUAUCAAACCUGUGCUCUGUUUUGUUUUUAUGUUUUUUUUCCAAACACUAAAUUGAAAUAAACUUAUUGGCAGUAUA